UUCACGUAAGAAUGCGCGAUGCGCGACGCGAGGCAACCGGUUACCGGUUCUAUGCGCGAUACAUGCGACGAACAUAUUGUCGCAAUAUCGGGCAAUAUCGGAGAAUUGAACGAAUUGGUGAUGAAACAUUUCAUUGUCGCGACGCAAUUCGUCUUACGCUAAAUCCUCGUACAAGUACGGUCCGAUAUUCGUCUCUUUAUUGUAUUAUAUAUUUAUUAUAUUACAUUUUGCUCAAUAAUAGUAUCAAAGAUCUGAAAACGUACAAUCGACAUGGAGGAGAAGAUGUUGCAAAUUCUUGAAGACGUUGGGUACACAGGGCCAAUGCUUGACACCGACAAGCUAUCACACGCCCUGAAACUUGGUGCAAAGUCGCCAGACUUCACUAGUCUUGUAGGUUGGUUUGCUGAACAACUUGCAACAUUUAUCGACACAGAUGAGACUGUUCACGCUACAACAAGCGCAGACGAUGCUAGUUCCUUUCUCUUAGAAUUAAGCUUUUUUCUGAAAGAAAUAGGAUGUGUAAAUGAGAAACUAAUGACUGGACAUGUAAAUCAAAGACUGGCUAAUGAAUCUGAAAGAGCUAUUCUGAUAGAGUUCUUAGCUGCAGAACUUAUGGCUUGUAAAUUAUUGGAAGUGAAAUAUCCUAAAGAGGAAAAACAGAUGGAAGUUACUAUUGAUGAGAGUGAUACUGCAAGAAGCUUGAAAAAUAUUCUGGUAACACUAAAGUUUCAAAAACCACCAGACAAUAUUUUGCCUGAAUUAUUGUUCUCAAAACUAGAAACUAAAUUAUCAGAAGUACUAAAGACUGUGUCGUCUGAUCAUUUAGGGAAACCACUUAUAGAUAUAGAGCUCUCUGCUAAGCAAUGGGACGAAUUGAGUAAAUUACAAGAAGAAAUGCACAAAGAGUACACAAUUCGUCGUGAAAUGUUACUUAAACGUCUUGAUGUUACAGUUCAAUCAUUCUUGUGGUCGGACAGGAUAAAGCUACAGGAAAAGGCAGUAAACACUAGAUACGAGGAGAGAAGAAAGACUCUGAAAAACGAACCGAAGGUGAUAAUGGCCGAUCUAUUGGCAGCAAGAGACGAUUUAGCUGUGAUCGAAAAAAUGAGUAACGCAAGUGUUCGCAAGAACACACGAAGCAAAGUCAACAGUGUCAUUAUCGGAGCAGUGCCAGACAGAGGUGGCAGACCAUACGAACAAGAACCACCUCCACCAGAGAUGCCACCAUGGCAGAAGGACAGAGUUCAAGGACCACAAUCAUUCCGGGGCGGAAGAGGAGGAGGAGGCGGUGGAGAUAGAGGUCACGGAGGUGGCAGGGGAGGAGGAAGCGGCGGCUAUCGCGAUCAUAAAGACGCCGGUAGUAAUUUCGGCCAAAACUUGGAUUAUCAGCAAUCUCAAUACUCCGGACAUGGGCAUAGAGAAUGUUAUCCGGAUCAUAGAGACACAGGAGGAUAUCAAAGAGGUGGCAGUGGUGGUGGUAGAGGAAGCGGAAAUUAUCGAGGAAAUACCGGUGCGAAUUAUGGUCAAAAUUACAAUCAAAGUUAUGACUAUCAACAACCGCAGUAUUCUGGCCAAAGAGAUUCUUAUGGAAAUGACAAUCGAAGCGGUGGAAACUAUUAUCAAGACAGGAGAGAAAGUGGAGGAAGGGAGGGAGGUGGAAGAGGAGGCAGAGUUCAAGGUGGAUGGAAUCAAGGUGGCAAUAAUUCUGGCAUGAAUAGUUAUCAACGCGGCGGCUACAAUAGAGGCAGGGGUCGACAAUACUGAAUUUUGAUCAUAACAAAGGCUUAUAUUACAAGCUAUGAUGAUAUUAAAAUAAUCAUGUGAUGAUAUUAAUAAUUACUAUUAUUCAUGCUUAUGCUUAUAACUCAUGUGUAACACAAAAUGUAUAAGUGUCUGGUCUUGAAAUCUUUAAGUUUAAAAUAUCUCUAGAUGAGGUAAUAAUUUUGAAUUGUUAUUUUUAGAACAUGUUUAGUUAACAAUAUUUAAAAAAUUGUAAUAUUACUGUUAAGAACUAUUAUGUAUUACUCUCACACAAGGAGCAUCACUUUUAAAAUGACAGCUUUUAAUUUCGUCAUUAUAAUCAAUUGAAACAUGUGUAUAUAUAUAACUGCUAUGUUUUCUACAAAAGCCAAGCAUAAUAAAAAUACAAUAAUUAUGUAAAUAUAUAUUUGUCCACUUGUCUAAAGUAGAUGGUUGGAAUUAAUUUAUAACAUGAGAUAUAAAGACUGUAAAUUAAACCAUGAAAAUACAAUGAAUUAUGCAAAUAUAUAUAAAAAUAACAUACUAAA